CACACACACACACACACACACACACACACACACACACAAAUACAAACACAUGCAGAGAAUCACACACUUCUAUACACAGUGAUGUGAAAGGAAUAUGGCUGCACUUCCUUGAGUGGGCAUGACUCACCUGUCAGGCACAGACUACACCUGUCACAAUCAAUCACUUCUCUCACACACACACACACACACACCUGAACAAUCACUUCUCAGUCUAAAACGUCUGAAGAGGAACAAACAGCAGACACACAAGAGAAGGAUAAUUAAACUGCCGGAAUGCUUCUCAGGAAACGACUCGGGCCGCUGUUGUUGACAGUUUAUCUGACACUUUUCUCUGCCUGCGGUUGCCUUGGACAGCUGAAUGUGUGUGGUCAGGACGCUCCUGCAGGAAAUUGGCCCUGGCAGGCCAGUCUGCACUUUGUUAUCUCUGGAGUCCCUAGCUCCUUCCUUUGUGGAGGGUCCCUCAUCAAUGACCAGUGGGUGCUCUCAGCUGCAAACUGUUUUAGCAGUGUAUCAUCAAGUGAUCUCGAGGUGUAUCUGGGUCGGCAGAACCAGGAGGGCAGUAACCCGAACGAAGUGAAAAGGACGGUGAGCCGGAUCAUCACUCAUCCCAGUUUCCACCCUGUCACCCGUGACAACGACAUCGCUCUGCUUCGUCUGAGUGCCCCAGUCACCUUUACCAACUUCAUCAGCCCUGUGUGUCUGGCUGCCAGUGGGAGUGUUUUCCUCAACGGGGUUGACAGCUGGGUCACUGGCUGGGGAGAAAUCGCUGAAGGAGAACCCCUUCCAUCUCCUGGCACUUUAAAGGAAGUGGAGGUGGCUGUGAUUGAGAACACCCACUGCCAGUCUUUGUAUGAAGCCGUGCCAUUCAAUGUCACAGACAACAUGAUCUGUGCUGGCAAACUUGCAGGAGGCAAAGACUCGUGUAAGGGAGACUCAGGAGGUCCACUGGUGAGCCAACAGGACUCUGUGUGGGUCCAGUCUGGUAUUGUUUCUUUAGAAGGUUGUGCUCAACCCAAUCCUACUGGAGUCUACACCAGGGUGUCCCGUUAUGAGAGCUGGAUCAACUCUGAGAUCAGCACUAAUCAACCAGGCUUUGUCCUGUUCACUGUCAAUUCCACUGUUCCCUCUCCUAGUGCAUCUAAAGCCCCAGAGCCCACCAGUACGUCUAUACCUCAUGAACUCAUCAAGCCCUCAGCAUUCACUCCUGCGGUCACCAACCUUCCUGCUCUGUCUUCAGCACCAGUACCCACCAGCACAUCUGCACCUCAGGAACUCAUCAAGCCCUCAGCGUUCACUCCUGCGGUCACCAACCUUCCUGCUCUGUCUUCAGCACCAGUACCCACCAGCACAUCUGCACCUCAGGGAAAAGUCUGUUUAUCUGACAGAAUCAACGAGAUUGCUAUUCCCGUAGUGACUGUAACAACUUCAAUCACUUGCAACAAUAGUAUUGUACAUCUGAUUGCUAAGGCGUCCCGUGAGCUGCUCACAGACCCAUCAUUUGAUCAAAUAAAUCCAAAUGAUGUAGAACUCAUAUGUGCAACAAGCAACACGCUGAAAGUGAGUGAAUGGUUUAAGGUGAUAAUACCUGGCCAACUCUGUUUCCCAGACAACACCAUUGUUAUGAGGACCAUCGAAGCAACCAGAAACCAGAAGGCCAUGCCUACCAUUACCAUAGAGAGAACAUCCAAUGCCGUGGUGACAUUUGAAACAGACUUAGAAUUUGUGGACUGUGCAACUAGAAGAGGACAUAUUAUUAAAGUGAUAAACAACAUCUCCGUUGAGCAAUAUGGAGUUGUCUAUAGAAGAACACUUGUUAUUUGCAGAAAACCAGAGAGCGGAAGGACUAAAAGAGAGGUCACCGUGGGGUCAGUGAUGGAGUUGCAGCAAGCGUUCGACAUCGACUCCACAUCCAACUCCUCCUCCAACUCCAACUCCUCCUCCAGGGCCUCCACUCCAACUUUCCCCACAACAGAUGAAAUCGUGGCCGUGCUGAGGACGGCUGCACAACAACUGAACUUCACACUGAACGAGACAUCCAUCAAUUUCACAAGAGCAGCCCGGCAGAGCCCUGGAACGACGCCUUCUGUAACAUCUGGAAUGACUACAAACGUUAUGCCAGUUCAGACGACUACAUUUCAGGCCAAUGCAAAUCAGAACACUACAAGUGGGUCUCCGGGUCUCUGGAGUGCGUUCAGUUGCCUAGCGAUGGUGCUGUUCUCCCUGCAGCUAAUGGUGCAGUGGUUGGCUCUGUGACCUGCCAAUCAACUCUGCAACCAAUCAGGAAUCACACUGCAAGGCAUUCCUUUCCAGCUCUUCCCGGUUCCUUCCCAGCUUCCUGAAGAUUAUUUCCAUGAUUGGUUGUUGACUAUAAAAUACACACAUCGCAUCAGGGACAAGAGUUAAAAAUCAAAAUGUUUUGCAUCAUUUUGCUAUGAUUUCCUGACAUGUUUGGUCAAUGUUUGGCAUUGUCUUGGUGGUUUUCUCUCAUUUGAUGGGUGUUUCAGAGGUGCUCUUCUGUCAACAUUGACACCUGGAGCUCAGCAUUUAUGUCUAAUACUAUUUACAGAUUAAAGAUAAGAAUGAAAAGUAUGAUUUACUUAAUGCCAUUUAAAUUUUCUUUAACAUGUUAUGUUAUUUGAGUAUAUAGUUGUUUGAUAUAACAUAUUGAUAUAACAUAUUGAUAUAACAUAUGAAACCUGUUUUUUAUCUUCCUCUCUUUGUGUUUAUCUAACAGUCUUAAUGCACAGCUCCUAUGUAUCAUGUUUUCUGUGUGACAUUAAUGAAUAGUAAUAUAAAGCUGUUAGCUGUUAACAAACUGUGUGUGGUUAAUUUUCUAGAUGGAAAAUAUUUUAAAAGUGGUGUAUGUGUGGUUAUUAUGUAGAGCCAGACACCGUGUAAUGUUAGAUAGUUAGACGGACAUGGUGAAAUGUUAUGCAUAUGGACAAUUCCACCCAAAAUGGUCCCGUCCAUAACGCCAACUAAAUGCCAUGGUAUUUGUAUGAUGCGAAUGAUUAUGUGAAAAGUGUUUCAUGUAAGUUCCACAACCAAGAAGAGUGAAUGCUCAGAUUUCAAGUAAUCAUCAUUCACAUCAUACCGUACCAUGGCAUUGUGUUGGUGUAAUGGGCAUGACAGUUUUGUGUGGAAUUGCCCAUUUAUAUAUCGUAGUAUAAACAGGUUGGGGCGUCAGAUUGGGGGUAAAAUUGGCAUCUCACCUCAAGGGGGUCUAUAUAUUCUUCACCACACCUCUCUGUACUGUACAUGUUGCUAAUACAUUGUUCAUACCGCUUAGCCAUAUCUAUUCUGCUUUUAUAAGGAUUUUAUUAACUACAUAUUUAAUAAGGUACAUUAUUUAUUACUGUAAACCACUUUCUUAACUGUAUACUACUGUCUACACUGCACUAUAUGUGUAUACUGUUCAUACUGCACUUUUCUGCUUUUUUGCUCUUCUGGUAAGAAGCAUUUCAUUGUCUGUACUUGUAUUAUGUACAAUGAUAAUAAAGUUGAAUCUAAUCUAAUCAAA